AUGAGUCAUGGCCAUUUUUAUGUCUAUAAAUAAAUAAAUGCUUAUAAUUAUUUACACAUUCUCACCUUUAGAACAACAAUGAACUCCAUAGCAACUUCUCUAUUAUGUGUUGUGUUUUUAGUUUUGGUUGGAGGACUACCCUUUUCUUCAGAUGCACAACUUAGCCCAACAUUUUACAGCAAAACAUGUCCUAAUGUUAGUUCCAUUGUCACCAAUGUCUUAACAAAUGUUUCUAAGACAGAUCCAAGAAUGCUUGCUAGUCUUGUCAGGCUUCACUUUCAUGAUUGUUUUGUUCAAGGAUGUGAUGCAUCAGUUUUGCUGAACAAUACUGCUACAAUUGUUAGCGAACAACAAGCUUUUCCAAAUAACAACUCUUUAAGAGGUUUAGAUGUUAUCAACAAGAUCAAAACUGCUGUAGAAAGUGCUUGUCCUAACACAGUUUCUUGUGCCGACAUUCUUACUCUUGCUGCUCAAGCAUCCUCUGUUCUGGCACAAGGUCCUAGUUGGACAGUUCCAUUAGGGAGAAGAGAUAGUUUAACUGCAAACCAAACACUUGCUAAUCAAAAUCUUCCUGCUCCUUUCGACGCAUUGGAUAAACUAAAAUCUGCAUUUGUUGCACAAGGCCUCAAUACUACCGACCUAGUUGCACUCUCCGGUGCACACACGUUUGGAAGAGCUCACUGCUCUUUAUUUGUUAGUCGAUUGUACAACUUCAGCAAUACUGGAAGUCCGGAUCCAACUCUUAACACAACUUAUUUACAACAAUUGCGUAAAAUAUGUCCCAAUGGUGGACCUGGCACAAACCUUUCAAACUUUGAUCCAACAACUCCCGAUAAAUUUGACAAGAACUAUUACUCCAAUCUCCAAGUGAAAAAGGGGUUGCUUCAAAGUGACCAAGAGUUGUUCUCAACAUCCGGUGCAGAUACUAUUACCAUUGUCAACAAAUUCAGCUCCGAUCAAAAUGCUUUUUUUGAGAGCUUUAGGGCUGCAAUGAUUAAAAUGGGUAACAUUGGUGUGCUAACGGGGACCAAAGGAGAGAUUAGAAAACAAUGCAAUUUUGUUAAUUCAAAAUCGGCAGAACUAGGUUUAGCUACUAUGACCCAAGAAUCAUCAGAGGAUGGUAUUGUUAGCUCAAUAUAAAUAAAUUAGGGCCAUUGUACUUGCAAACUUGUGACUAGUUGCCACUAAUAGUAAAUAAAGUAUGACUAGGCACCUUCAUGUCACUUGAAUCCCUAUGCUUUGUAUUGUGAGAGGAGUUAGAGGACAUGAUCUUCUUGGUAUUAUGAGACUUUCUUGUACUAUGAUUCCUGUUCAUAAUCAAUUUCAUGUUUCCUUGUUUGUGA